UUUCAAGGUUUUUAAAAAUGCGUCUACUAGGGAGAGUUUUCCACACCCUUAUAAAGAAUGUUUUGUUCUCCUCCCAACCGUGGGAUCUCCCAUUAAAUGUGGGGUUUUUUUCUUUUUCCUCCCCUCUCCUUCAGUUUCUUUAUGUUUUCUCCCAAAAAUUUGGAGUUACAUUGGUCAAUAGGUAGUGGCUAUUGACAAUGGAGAGCAUUUUCAGGGUAUAUUGUAAUAGAUAUGGUCUGCUUUUAGCUUAAGAAUAAAUCUACCUUUCCUUACAUAUAGUUUAUUUUAGUUUAAGCUUCUCCUUUUCUCUCUCAAAACUUAGCUUAAGCUACUUGGAACCUUCUUGGGAGUGAUUAAAUAAUAAGCCUCUUCAUCCUUUUAACCAUUUUUGAUAUAAAACCAGAAACUGAGCAGUGGACUCUGUUUCAGGAUCUUUCCUUUAACCAUUUUUCAUACUCAAAACAACACCAAUUGAGCCACAAUCUCUCUAUUCUGUUCUUGUUGUCCACUUCCCAUGAUCUCUUAUUCGCCUUCAAUCUCUGAUCUCUGUUCUCAACUGUUUGUUCAAGAAUCUGCAGUUAGCUAGCUGGGUUUCUUCUGGUUUUUCUUGAUCUUGACAUGGGAGCAGUUGGGGUAGCUCUUUGUAGUUUUGGGCAUGUCUAAAUGUAAAGUAUAGCUUCUGAUUGCUACCAACACAGCACUCAAUUAUGAAACCAUUUCUUGACCUUGAAAAGGAGCCUUCUUUGGCAAAUGAUUCUGACAUAAGUAGCCAAGUUGCUUCCAACAUUUCCCUCCAUGAAAAUUCUGAUGAUAAUAGCCUCAUAACUAACUCCUUUCUUGCUAACCCCGUUGCUGCUCAACCAGGAUUCAAGUCGGUUUCCCUCGACUUGACUCUGAACUUUAACAUCGAAGAUCUCGAAACUCGGGAUUCAACAGGAUUUUCAUUGUCAAGCACAAGUGAGAGUAGCAAUGAACCAACAUGCCACCCCACAGCAGCUGCUGCUAUCCCAAGAGUGUUUUCUUGCAACUUCUGUCAGCGCAAGUUCUUUAGUUCACAAGCUCUUGGCGGCCACCAGAACGCGCAUAAGCGCGAGCGAACCUUGGCGAAACGGGCAAUGCGUAUGGGAAUUCUAGCAGAAAGAUAUGCAAAUCUAGCAUCUCUACCAUUGAAGGGAUCAUCAUUCAGGUCCUUGGGGAUCAAAGCACACUCUUCACUACUCCACGGAUUUACUGCACCAAUGAAGCCUACUGAUAUCGGGAGCAGUGCUCGAUUUGAACCAGGUCAUAUAGGCAUGCCGAUUUUCUUGGACGAUGAUGAGGCGGAGGUUAUGUGGCCAGGUAGUUUUCGUCCAACGGUAGAAACUAGAAACACUCAUGAACUAACUCAACCAAGUUUCAUACUAACUGGUAUUUCAAGAAUAAGCUCAAUGGAUAAAGUGUCGUCGGAGGACGUAGAAGACUUGACGCCCGAUCUCACACUCAAACUCUAAGAGGCUUCUUUGAUGAGGGAUUCAUCAUCCUAUUUCUGCAUUGUUCUCUGUGUAUAGUGAGUGACAUAUGGACUUUGCUCCAACUUAGCUUUUCCUUUUGAAGUAAACUACUUGUUAUUAGUGUUUGCUGUGGGUUUGAUAUCAGUAAUUUUCCUUGUUUAAGAGCUCCUUUAGAAGCAUUUUGGUGCCUUCUAUUCCUUUUUCUGCCAUAAGCAUGAGGCUCUCUUAUGUUUAAGUAA